AUGAAUCGAUAUGAUAAGUUCAAAUUGAUUCGUAACAUUCCAGUGCAACAGUUGCCAGAAAGUCGAUCUGGUAUUACUUUAGUUUGGCUUAAAAAUACCUCGUGUUCUUUAUGCAAUGACAAACAGAUUCUAUUGCAUAAGUUUAGCAAUCGAUGUUUUAUUGUUUAUUAUUCAAAUAUAUCAAAAUGUGUUAAAUACUUGAAACAAGCACGAUCACGUGAAUAUGUUAUUGUUGUUGUUAUAUCUUAUCCAAUGGAAAAAAUUCAACGCAUUAUUUAUCGAUUUCAACAAUAUCGGGUUAUUCCAACAAUAUUUGUUGUUUAUUCCGAUAAAAAUCCAGACCACUAUAAUCCGCCAAUGAUUGAGAAUCUUCAUAUCUUUCAAAGUCAAGAAUCAAUGCUUGAACUGUUAGAGAAACGAAUUGAACAAUUUGAAGAACAAAAUUUAAGUGGUGGUUUAUUUACAACUUUCUAUCGUAAAGAAAAGUCUCUGAAAGAUGUUCACAACGAUUUUGCGACAUUUGUUUGGACUCAUGUAUUUAGAGGUUCGUUUUUCGAACGUGUUCAUCAAAAAACUAUUUUGCUUAUAUAUUUAGUUUUAUUGAUGAGUAUGUCUCGUGGCUCUCUUCAAGCUAAAUAUGAAAUGUUAAGUGAAUGUCGAGCUUAUUAUCGAAAUGAUGCUGUUCAAUUAGCUCAAAUUGAUGAAUUUGAACGCAAAUAUCAAUCGAAAGAUGCUAUUCGUUGGUAUACAAAAUCUGGAUUCUUAUUUUAUCUUGUUAAUAAGGCUUUACGCAGUCAAGAUAUCUGGGCUCUGUACAAAUUUCGCUAUUUUAUUGUUGAUUUAUGCUAUCGUUUGGAAGAAGUUUCCAAUUCACAAUCUUUUUCACAGGUUCGUCUUUAUCGUGGAGCAAAACUUAAUCGAGACGAACUCGAACAACUGCAAGUUGGUUCUCUUGUAUCAACUAAUGCAUUUUUUUCAUGUUCAUCUGAUCGUAAUGUAGCAGAAAUGUUUAUUGGUAUUGAUUUCAUGACUGAUAGAUCACCAAGUCACAAUCAAGAUGCAUGGCAACAGUUCGUUUUAUUUAUCAUUGAUGUCAAUUGUAAAACAUCUAUGAAUAUAGUUGUAGCGGACGUCACCCAUGAAAGUGAAUUACCAGAUGAAAACGAAAUGAUUUUUAACUUUGGAUCGACUUUCAUUAUUAAUAAAAUUAUUUUUGAUAAGAAUAAAGGUAUUUGGUUGAUUCAAAUGAGUUCAUCUUCGGACCAUAUUCAAAUCAAUGAUCAAUACGAGAAAUAUAUUCAUACACGUCUACAACACACCAAUCCGACUAUAUUGUUUGGUCAUGCUUUAGCUAAUAUUAGCAGUGAGUAUGCUCAAUCAAUGAUUUAUUUCUAUCGUUUACUAGCAAUAUUACCAAUCAAUGAUGUUGAACGACCCAAUAUUUAUUAUAAUUUAGGACGUAUCUAUCAAUUUUUUGAGAAAUUCAAGAAAUCUCUUGAAUGUUUUCGAUGUGCUCGAUUACUCAUUCGUCGUCUGUUACCAGAGAGAAUGUUUGAUUAUUGUCGUAUUCUAGGCGGAAUGGGUACAAUAUACUCAUACUUGGGAGAUUCAGAACGAGCAUUGAAAUUACUUAGACAAGCUUUAGAGCUUAAUAAGAAAUCAUUUCCAGAAAACCAUACGGAAAUUCCGUUCCAUUUGAAUCGUCUGGGCCAUGCUUAUAUCGAAGCCAAACAAUAUAAACAUGCACUUUUGAUUCUCAACAGUGCUGAAAACUUUUUCCAGUCAAAUAUGCCUACGGAUCAUCAUGGAUAUGCACAAACUUUGCAUUCAAUGGGUUUAAUUUAUCGUUCUCUUGGUGAUGAUAAAAGAGCAUUGAUUUACUUUCAGGAAGCACUACGGAAACGAUAUUCAUUACUUGGUAAAGAUCAUCCUCGUCUUGCAUCUAUUUAUUAUCAACUGAGUCUCAUAUAUAAAGAUCGCACUGAGUACGAAAUUGCACUUGAUUAUGUUAAAAAAUCUCUAAAUAUCCAAUUGAUCAAAUUGCCACAGUCUCAUUCUGAACUAAAACUAUCAAAAGAACUUCUUCGACUUCUACAGCAACACUUAUAA